AUGGAGUUCCAGUCUCGCGUCGCCCAAUACUCCUUUGACGACAUGAUGAUCGAUGAUGCAAGCGCAUCCCUAGACAGCUGCAUGGGCAAGCACCCUUGCGAUCUCAACGCAUCAUUCAAUGAGGCACUCGACUCCCCCAGUCCACCAUCCACAGAGGACAUAUCAGACACAGAAACAGAACCAGCGACAGAGGUUAUAGAAGAGAUGGAGCGCAUAAGAGCGCUGCCCUCCCGUCUAGAAGUUAACUUCACCACGCCGAUAGACGGCUUUGACCCGUUGCAACGCAGGCUAUCCAGGCUUGCACACAGAACUCGCCACAGUGUUCUAUAUUUCCUGUCUCUCUACGGGAUUUCCAUUCAAUAUGCCUUGUAUCCCACUGAGGAGAGCGGGAUUCAGGGCGUACACGACGCUCUACCGGUUGUGCUCCUGGUCGCGAGAGAGGAUAUGCCAAUGUCAAUGUGGAGGAAAGGUGUGAAGCGCGUGUAUGAGUAUCUUGUGGACGUUGGGGGCUUCCCAGCCAUCGAGAUCCCCGUGUCGGAACAAGAGGCUCGAUCCGAAGAUGGGGAAGACGAGCGGAUGAGCCGUGAGUGCAAGGUGUAUCUUGCAAGGCUAGUUGCUCGAGGGUUCUGA